ACGGAGAUCGCCAAGCGGCUCAACGUGAUCUGUGCUCAGCUCAUCCCGUUCCUGUCUCAGGAGCACCAGCAGCAGGUGGUCCAGGCUGUGGAGCGUGCGAAGCAGGUGACUAUGACUGACCUGAACACGGCGAUUGGGCUGUCCUGACACAGGGCUCUGCUCUCUCCUCUUGCUCCUCUCCAGCACCAGCUCCAGACCCAGCACCUCUCACACCAUGCUCCCCCCAUCCCGCUGACCCCCCAUCCCUCCGGGAUGCAGCCCACCAGCCUCGCUGGCAUCAGCAGUGCCUCGGGGCUGCUGGCACUCUCGGGGGCACUUGGGGCCCAGGCACAGCUCCUUGCCAAGGAGGACCGAGGUGUCCAUGACUCAGAGCCUAGGGGUGAGGAGCAUCCCCCACUGAGCGGCAUCUCCUGGGGGAUGAGCUCCCUGGCUCUGCCCAACGGGGACCGGGCGCGAGCCAUUGCCGAGUACCUGAGCAGCAGCAAGAAGAGGAAAGUGGAGGAGAAGGACUUCGUUACGGACUAUGGCAGUGAUGCAGACAAAAGCGAAGACAACUUGGUAGUGGAUGAGGACCCCUCAUCCCCGCACAGUGUCCACUCCUACUCGUCCCGGGAGAACGGGGUGGAGAAGGUUCCCCUGGGGAGGAAGGAGGCUGUGCCACUCAGCCCGACUUCCAUGGCCUCCUCCAGCAGCACAUCACCAUCUCGGAGCAAGGAUGUGCCCACG